AAGGAAUAUAUCGACUGAGCUUUUUUGGCGCAGCCAAUAAAGUCUGCUGGCGCGGAAUCUUUUCAUAUUAACAUUUAUUACAAUUUCUCCGUAAUAAUUGGAUAUUUGGAAGAUUCUACAUUAGUGACAACUUGUAGAGGAUCCGAAUCAAACACAUAAAACCGUACAGCUAAGGUUUAUUGUCUUGAAAAGAAGGAUGAGCAGAGAAGAUGUCACGCUGUUCUCCGUGAUGAUUGCACUUGUGACAGGCUCCAGAGUUUGUGCUGAUGAUGCGCCCCCCCACAUUGUCCACCACCCCUCUGAUUUGGUGGUGAAAUUUGGAAAACCUGCCACAUUCUCCUGUCGGGCAGAUGGCAACCCGAAGCCGACCAUCGAGUGGCUGCACGAUGGCCAGCCACUGGAGAUUACAACGGGAGAUGGCCAACUCCAGCCCAUGUUUUUGUCAGAUGAUAGGCUCUUCUUCCUGAGUGUGGGUGUAGGUAAACGCGGCCAAUCACAUGAGGGCAUCUACACCUGUGUAGCCAGGAACAGCGUGGGAACAGCAGUCAGUCACAAUGCAUCGCUACACAUUGCAACACUGCAAGAUGCGUUCACUGUGCAGCCAAAUGAUGUCGAGGUGGCCGAGGGAGAAGUGGCUGUCUUAAACUGUGGCCCACCUGUCGGUCACCCUGAACCUAACAUAAUUUGGAGGAAAGAUGGCCUGUCAAUCAAUAACACAGAUUUCCACUACACGGAGUUGAAUGGGAAGCUUAUCAUCGAUCCUGCGGCGAAGAACCACUCUGGUGCCUAUGUGUGUGUGGCCAGCAACACUAUGGGAGUGCGAGAGAGCAGGGCAGCACGUCUGUCUGUGCUUGCAAAACCAGUUUUGGUGCUGAAGCCGGAAAACGUGUCGGUGAGAAUGGGGGAGUCUGCCCAGUUCUACUGCCAAGCAAAAGGUGACCCUCCACCUGCUGUGGUCUGGAGCAGAGAGCAGGGGCCACUACCCAAUGGCAGGUAUCUUGUGAACCCAGACCAGACACUCCAGAUGCAUUAUCUGACGAUGGAAGAUGCUGGCAAGUACACCUGCACCGCAGUCAAUGAUGUAGGAGUGGUCACUGCCACCGCACACUUACUCGUUGAAGCUUCCAGUACAAAACAGAAAGACCUCCACAAAGAAUUGUCUGCCCUGCGUGCUACUCUGGAAAACGUCAGCAUCAUGCACCCAGGGUCUAAUAUGUCGCAAGUAGAGUGGAAGCUCCAGUCCGUCCUCACUCAACCUCAUUACCUUGAUGGCUUUGAGGUUCUCUAUCGUUCCCUGCUACCUGCCAGCUCAAACUGGGUUGCAAAAAAAGCAACAGUGCUGAGCUUUCAAACACAGGUUGGCCCCUUAAAAAGAGGCUACAAGUAUGAGUUUAAGGUUCGUCCAUAUGGCAGCAGCUUGUAUGGACGGGAGAGUAACACCCGUCUCCUCACAGUCCCAGAGACAGUGCCCAGUGCUGCUCCACUGGCUGUUUCAAUAACUGUCAGCCAUAAUCACAAUAACUCCAUCCACCUAAACUGGGAGCCUCCUCCUUUGGAAUCUCUCAAUGGGAUCAUACAGGGUUACCAGGUGUGGUGCGUGGAGUCGGAUGAGCAACUGUACCAAAACUGGACAGUUGAUAGCAGCCGGCACAGUCUUGAUGUUUAUUUCCUGCAACCAGGGAAACGCUACUGGAUUACUAUUGCCGCAGUCAAUGGUGCCGGAGUAGGAAUCCUCAGUGACCCUCAUGGAGUCGUCAUAAACCCACAGAUUGGUUUUACCUCUGAGACAGACAGCCACAGACUGGAUCAGUCUACCUUUUUGGCCUUGCUUCAGGACCCGAUAUUGAUUGGCAGCAUCGGUGCCCUCUUGUGGUUCAUUUUAAUGGUUGCAGCUGUCUGUCUUCUAAAACGCCACAGCAAGAUGUGUCACCUCAUACCAGGACGUGACCGGGCUAAAAGUUUGCAUAGAUUAGCCACUGAAGAUCUCUUCAUAAAUCACAGGAUAACAGUUCCAGACUCUCCUUGGAUUUCUGGGAGUUGGAGACCAGCGUUUAACCAGAAGUACCAAGACUUGUGGGUUCAGGGUCACAAACACUCAGGGAUUAGCAGCACAAGUUUUCCAGUGCCAACCAAGAAGGACCCAGGCUGUUCGAACCCAGAUUUUCCAGUUGUGACUGACAGCUGCAGUGUCUACGGCACCUUUUAUGUUGAUCUGAUGGGAAACGGGCUAAAGACCUUCAACAGUCCCAGACAAUGCCUUAAGAUGCCUCACGGUCUGCCACAACAGCAAGGAUCUGAGACCAUUCAGAUAUUUACUCAGUCUGCCCCCAAGACCUCGCCCCACACUUGUCGGGAUGCAUUACCAUGGAAACAGUCCAUUCGACCUCAGCCCAAGAUGGGUGUGCUCAGGGAAAAGAGCCACAUCAAGCAAGAGUUGCACGCAGUGAGCAGUGUCCCAAUCGUAGCAACCGGGUACCAGGCUGGUCCACCUAGUGUCUGCAAACAGAGAUUCAGUCACAUCCCAUCAGGUUCUGGCUGUCCUCGGCUGCUGCAUUACUCUACAUCCCUACAUCUAUUGGACAUGUGGCCACCACCAGGGCUAUUGCACUUGGAGGAAGCUCCAGACACUCACAGUGUGACCUCAGAUGAAGGAUCCAGUCGCUCAACAAAGAUGACAGAGGACUUGGGCUCUCUCCAGUCAGUGUGUGGUACCUCAAGCUACCAUGCACAGCAAGGGGCCACUGCCUCCAACAACAGCUGUCUCUCCUACAGCCACCUGUCUACUGCAUCCCACAUUGCAUCUCUGGAGGAAAAAAAGGACGGCACACUGACGGCACCGGAAGCCACUCAGUAUCUGGAGCUCCAACAUGAACCAGAAGAAUCUAGUGACCUCCAGCCUCUUGCCACCAGCCGAAGCUACAACUCUGAGAUAGUUCCGUCUGCCCAGAUGGACUGUUACACUUCCUAUAAAGUCCCGCCCUUUGGGUUGCACUGUGCCCGCCUUCAGAGCUCACCUUCCUCCUGUUACAGCGAAUGGGACAGCUCCCUGUGGAACACCUGGAGCUCGGUCACAGACGGAAACUUUGCGAGCGCCCGUACCAGCCUCAUCAGCUCAGUGGACAGCUGCUAUACUAAUGACAGCAGUAACUUUAGCCACUUUGUAACGGCGGAGUCUGUUAGUGGAGCCUCUUUGUCAGACUUCUCACCACCCGCCUCCCCUCUCAGCGCCUUGUAUCCGUCAGUUUGUGCCGAGGGCAACUCACUCAGGGAUCUGGAGACUAUUCCUGCAUGGGACUGGAGCAGGAACUGGAUGGAGGAAAUGGAGGCUCAGUACAAUGCUCACUAUCCUGGCAGGAAUACAAAACCUUUCAACGCAGAGGGAACUCUUACAGGUUUGUCAACGCCAAGUUUUCAUACACCAAUUGGAAAUGUUAGAGGUUUCAAAGAAUAGAUCAAAGCCCAAUGAUUCACUGAAAAAUAACUUGCUGAUGUUUUAAACAUGCAGUAUUAACUUUGGAUUCAUGUCUGCUUUUCUGUAAGAGUUUCCUUCGGUUACCAUAAGUCCAAUCACUAUACAGUAUAUGGCGUCUUAGAAAUUACUUCUUUUUUUUUUCUGUAGACUCAUUCGAGAUAUAAAUCUUUCUUGGGCUGCUCUUACCAUCAUCAUUUCUGCUGGCACACAUACUAAUCAUUUCCAAGUAAAUAUAAAUAUGCCACAUAGCUUUCAGUUUUUAAUUACAGUACAGAUCAUUUUCUGUUCACUUUUCUAAUUGUUAUUAUUUUUUAUUCCAAGAGAUAUAUACAGUAUAUUUUUUCUAUUGUAAUAUUUUUGUUGCUAUGAAAAGGUUUGGCCC